CAAAGAAGAAUGCAUGUUUUGUGUUUCCUCUUUGGCCAUAUCAUAUUAUAUUGAUUCUUAUUUUUUCAUGUAUGUGUGUGUAUGAGUGUUAUUUUUUGAAACAUAGGUGUGGCUAAAACUAUUCGGAGCCUUUAUAUUCUGAUGCAGAAAUGACGUAUUCUUAUUUUUCAAACAUGGAUGAUCACACAAAAGACUGAAAUAUCAGGGUAUGUGUUUGUAGGUGGGAGUCAUAAACACAAAAGAUGGCAACUAAUAAGUCUUGUUUGGCAUUCCCAUAACAUAUAUAUGGCAGGAAAAGAUGGUGAAGAUUUUUAUGUUGAUAUUGGUGAUUCAGAGUCUGGGAAAAAUGUAGCACGUGAAGAUAUGUCGUCUAAAGACAUGUUGGAUACAGGAAAUGCCAUGGAAGCUUUAACCAGAGUGGACUUGGACUUGGCAUACUCUUCCGAGAAAUCAGUUAAUCUGGACACACUUAUGAUGCAUGUUUGGGCAUGGGAAAAAGAAUUUGAAGCUCUGGCUACAGAUGAUAUAUCUGUUGAUUGCAUAGAGAAAGCAUUGGCAUAUGAUUUCUUUUCGGGUAUCUUAGAAUCAGAGUGGAGGUUAAAUUGUACAUUCUGGCGAGUCUCUAAAGCAAUCACAGGAGAAUGCACUGGAAAUGAAGAUGCAGUUAACCAAGUUGCAAAUGACAUCCCUGGCGUUCAAUCCAACCUAUUGGAAAUAUAACAGUAACACAGGUUUGCCAGAUGAUUCUCAAGGGUCACUUAUGAGACCACAAUUGCAAACAGCUGAACAGAGACAUGUUUUAAGAAUGUUGGAAAAGUCUCUUGCAUGAGAGCUUGAUUUUGAGAAAAAGCUAACAGCACUUAAACAAAAUGAAGAAGAUUUGAAAUUGAAGCUACAACUAACCGAGCAGGUAUCAGAUCGAGAUCAUGAACCAGUAAAAAUUGUGGAGAUCAUGGAACAUAAUGAAGUGAUGCAAUGGUAAAACAAUGCAAAUAAGGCAUCAGAAAGAUCAGCAACAUCCUUUGGUGAUUUAUUUGUAGUGGUUUUUUUUUGAUUGAUUUAAUGAGUAUCUGAACUUGAACCAAACUCUUGAUAAUCAAAAAAACUAUGUAUAAUAUUUAUCUACA